AUGCAAAUCUGGUUCUGGUUUCAACCAAGAGAUUUACUACCGGAUGAAAAUAAUUUGCUGGCACCGCUUACCUGGACGUUCAUGCGGGGCGGAACUUGGUCUAAUUCCUUCGGAGAGUACAUCAAAGAUGAAAGGCGUCAAUGGGGGUUGGUCAUGUGGGAUGCUGCUCAAUUUGACAACACAGAGCGCAAAGAAGAUCUCUCGAAUAUUGUCGAAGAGCUUGGUGAUCCGAGAGAGAUCCAUGAGUACAUGGUCGAUGCGUGA